UACAGUAGAUAGAUGAUACAUAGGUAUUCGUAUAGUCAUCCACACACACACACACACACACACAGAAAAGGGAAGCGAGUGAAUUAAAAGAAAAAAGAAAAAUAAAAAAUAAAAAAAAUUCAAUGCCGCCCCCACCCAAGAAUUUAGACGAGCUCGCGCGGUCGUUGCUCGCCAAUGGGCCCGUCAAGACCCUCCCCGCGGCGCCGAAGCGCGUCCGUGUCCGCCUUGGCGGGACCUAUGUCGCCGACACGACACGCGCCGUCUACGUGUGGGAACACGCUUACUACCCGACGUACUACGUGCCGCGCGAGUCGUUUGCCGAGGGAGUCCUCUCGGACCCGGACUCUCCCGCGUCUUCCUCCGCCGGAGACGGGUACAGGCUCGCUAUCUUGAGCGCUGGCGGCGCCUCCACGGAUCGAGUCAUCGUGUUUCGGGCGGGUGUGCUGAAGGAUCUAGUCCGCGUUGAGUUCAGCGCCGUAGACGCUUGGUUCGAAGAGGAUGCGCGCAUUGACAUCCACCCCAAAGACCCGUUCAAGCGCGUCGACGUCGUGUUCUCCUCGAGACCUGUACGCAUCUUGGUUCGUGGUACCGAAGUCGCUCGCGCCCCGUCCUGCUUUCAGCUCUAUGAGACCGGACUACCGGUGAGGUUCUAUCUCCCUGUCACGUCGGUGCGAUUGGAUCUACUGCGUGAGAGUGCGACCGUCACUGCCUGUCCUUAUAAGGGCGAGGCAAAUUAUUACGACGUUCUGCUUGGAGGGGCAGAGAAGGGGAUGAGCAGAGGCUGAAGGACAUUGUUUGGUAUUACAAGACUCCAAAGCUGGAGUGUGCAGCCAUUGCGGGUUGCUUGUGUUUUUAUAAUGAGAAGGUCGAUAUUGAACUUGAUGGGAAGAUGUUGGAACGGCCCAAGUCUCCAUUUUCUUGAGGUCGUCAGAUACCAAGAUUCACGGGCUUUACACAGUACGAAUUACAUGACUUGGUACGAAAUAAAACGAUUCCAUGAGUACAUGUGAAAAAUUCAAGGUCCUUGACGUGGUGUCAGUGCUCAUUAUCUGUCACUAUAUAUGCUGGGACUUCUCUACUAUGAUUUGAUAAGUAUUUCCAGCAUGAUCCUCAAGCAUCCUUGAUAUUUGGAUAUUUGGCUUUUUGAAUUUUUCAUAUAUGACCACUUCAAAAAAAAAAAAAAAUUUCGAUGAUAUCAUUGAUAAUCUGCUUCCAAUUUUAUUUUCUCGAUAUAUAUGCAUUCGAUGAUUAUGAGAUAGCUC